AUGGCUGUAUCAACGCUCAACAUGUCACCUUACUUCACAGGAUAUCCUUUCCAAGGUCAGGGUCGUGUGAACCAAUUAGGCGGUGUUUUCAUAAACGGUCGCCCUCUUCCUAAUCACAUUCGUUUGAAAAUUGUGGAAAUGGCAGCUGCCGGAGUUCGUCCCUGUGUAAUAUCGCGACAACUCCGUGUAUCUCAUGGAUGCGUUUCCAAGAUAUUAAAUCGCUAUCAGGAGACCGGCAGCAUCAGGCCGGGAGUCAUUGGUGGCUCCAAACCCCGAGUUGCAACUCCUGAGGUCGAAGGAAGAAUUGAUGAUCUGAAAAGACGCAAUCCAGGCAUAUUUAGCUGGGAAAUUCGCGACAAGCUGAUCAAAGAGGGAGUCUGUGAUAAAACGUCUGCUCCGUCAGUUUCUUCUAUCAGCCGCUUAUUGAGAGGUGGACGACGAGAAGAUGGCGAUCCUAGAAGAAACCACUCCAUUGAUGGCAUCUUAGGUGGCCAAUCUUCUUGCGAUUCCAGCGACACUGAAAGCGAGCCAGGCAUUCCUUUAAAACGCAAACAGCGUCGCAGCCGCACAACUUUCAGUGGCGAACAAUUGGAAGCUCUAGAACGUGCCUUUGCUCGAACUCAGUAUCCUGACGUAUACACCAGGGAAGAACUCGCUCAAAAGACUAAGUUGACCGAAGCGCGUGUACAAGUUUGGUUCUCCAAUCGCCGAGCUCGUCUGCGCAAACAGCUUAAUUCUCAACAAUUAGUCGCGUCUGCCUUCAAUCCCAUGUCUUUCAUGCAACAAGAUCAAACCCACACUCAACAACAACACAAUUUAUCUCAACAACAACAGACUCAGUGCCCAACAAGCGCUGCUGUGUCGGCUACAACUGUUGCCGCAAAAGAUUACGCAAGCAGCGCCGCUUCGAUGCUGCAGCAAUAUGAAGCAGCUCAACCAACAUCAGCAGCAACAUUUUCCGCUUCGAUGGCCCAACAAUGGCAACAGCAACAGCAGCAGCAAGUUCACCAGCAACUAGGCGCCAGUCCUGUUUCCUCACUCAGUCCAGACGCGGGAUCUUUACAAGCUACCUUGCCAUCAUAUGCUGGAUACUUGCCUCCUACUGAACAAUCUCAAUACAUGAGUACAGGCUAUGAUUAUACUAAACCAGAACAUGCUCAUUCUCAAUGGCCUGUUAGACAUCACCAUUCCAAGCCUGCCGAUGUUGCAUCAUGGACCGACAACUAUAGCUUUUUCACUGGAAAUAUGGGCCAUUACGGAUCACACCAUGCUCCUUCACCCACUGAAGCAAAAUCAGGAUACCCUUACAUCGGCCAACUAGGAGGUGUAGAAAUGGGCCGCGUACAUUGAAGCUAAGUAAAAACAUAUCAUAAUUGUUGAUAGUGCCUCUUUUACUUCUUAAUUCAAAUUCUAAUAAUUAUA